AUGGGAGACGCAGCAGACGAAACCGAGACCGACGAGCCGGACGACCUGCCCGAGACUCAAGGCCCAGCAGUAACGGUUGCCCACGCGGCAGAGAGACUUAUCGCCAACCAGAUGGAAGCACAACAGGCAAAGCUGGCCGUCUUCCGCGCAUUCUGCACCGCCUUCGACAAGACGGCUGCCCAGUUCAACUCGGGCCACGAGCUCAGCUUCGCGAAGGAAUUCUCGCGCGGCUUCAUUAGCUACUGGGACGACGCGCUCAACGGCGCGCCCACACGCGCCGGGACAGAACGCAUGCCACAGAUCGCCCGGGUUAAGACUGGAUGGGCUAUACGGGCCUCAGACCGGGAGGCGAGGGACCUGCUUGUGGAACGGCAGGACGACUGGGCGGCCCGCCUCGGGGCCGUGGCGGUUGAAGGCUUCCAGAAGUGGCACACGUACGCUGUGGCCGACUGCCCCAGGCAGCUCACGGAUAUCUGGGGGGCCGCCGUGGACUAUGACCAAGCUAUCAAAGAAGAGAUCAAGCUCCAGACAGGUGCCGAACCAAUUGAUGUGCACAUUGCUAAGAGAUACUCCGAAAGCUCCGACCAGCCCACUGUGACAAUGAUUGUGUCCUUUCAGGCGGCGAUACAGAGGAGAUGGCGGCUCUUCGGCACCAGCCGACUAGCCCGACUGAUCGCCAAGACCGCCCGGCCGCGCACCUGCCGACGAUGCGGCGGGAAAGACCAUCGCGAUAACGACUGCAAGCAGCCGGAGAGGAGGACGAUCCGAGUUCUCCAGGCCAACGUGGCCAAAAUAGGGGCCUAUCAUAGCAUAGCCCUACGACUAGCGGAAGCAGAAAACUACGACGUCGUGCUCAUCCAGGAACCGAACGUUUGGAUAGAAAAGAAGGCGGAGCCUGCAGGACCCAGACGCACCGCUCCUUCCACGCAUUCGCCCCAGAACGCGCCUGGGAACCGGAUCAGGCCCGAGAGUGAUCUCGUAUGUCCGGAACCACCCAGAUAUACGGGCAGAGCAACUCUGCCCCGCCCUACGCGUGAUAUCCUGUGGCUCCGGGUAAACAGCACCCUUAUUAUCAACUUCUAUCGACACGCGAAGACACCCGAGCCACUCGACUACCUCCUCCACCAGCAGGACGUCCCCGAGAGAUGCCUCAUCGCGGGCGACUUCAACGCCUGUCAUUUCUCCUGGCAGCCUGGAGCCCGGAGUGCGAGGAACGGAAAGGACAUCGCCCAGUGGGCGGCCGACAAGGGGCUCGGACUGCUCACCACGCCAGGCGAGGCCACACACGCCCGCGGAAAUACCAUUGAUCUAGCCUUUGCCAAUAUCCCUCUGCGGACGCGCUUAUCGAAGAGCACCUUCAUACCGGCUCGGACCAUUACACGAUCAGCAUUACGCUCCCCGGCGGAUUCCCCAAGGACGAUAGCUAGACCAAGGGUAAGCUCCGAGGAAGAAAUGAAGCGAUUCGAGGAACUUGUGCGGGCUGGGGCCACAGCACUACCCCGGCUGGCCGUUGAGCCCAGAGGCCUGGAGAGGCUGGCCGAGGCGCUGUCUCGCCUACUCCAAGAGGCGGCCGACGCAGCGGGCCGACGGCCCAGGAAGAACGCGAGAGGCACCCCAUGGUGGAACGAUCAAGAGGUCCAGACUGCCCGGCGGGAGCUGCGCCGGGCGGUACGGCGGGCUAAGAGACAUUUCUGGCAGACUGUUCUAGAAGGCGCCGAGAGCAACCAGGAUAUCUAUAAGAUCAUGCGGUGGUCGAGGAAACCGAGCCCGUUCCGGGCCCCGCCUAUACAGAGGUGCUGGCCCCAGGAGGACUCUCGACUGCAGCGUCACGCUCGCGGAUGCGGCAUGCGCCUGCACCUCUACGGGCAACACCUCCCGGGGAUCGACGGCAUCACGGUCCGAAUGCUGCGUCGCGUCUGGAACCACAUCGGCGAGGCGGUGAGGGAACUAUAUGAAGGCUGCCUACACCCUGGCAAGAGGGACCUGUCUAUUCCGAGAGGCUGGAGCCCGGCGCCAGCCUGGGCUGCGAUCACACAACGAGUCAUCCACAGCCAGCAUGCGGGUGCCCUGCCCAAACGUUCAGCGCUCGACCUAGCGCUAGCAUUGCUCCACGACGCGGAGACGGCCCUCACCGAGGGGAAAGUCGCCACGCUAAUCACGAUGGAUAUACAGGGCGCCUUUGACACGGUUCUGCGGAACCGGCUCCUCCUACGCCUACGGGAACAGGGCUGGCCAACAAACCUGGUCCGGUGGGCAGGCUGCUUUAUGGAGCAGAGAUCGGCCAGAAUACGGCUCGAGGAUAUAACGACGCCGACAACCCCCCUGACGUGCGGGCUGCCACAGGGCUCCCCGGCCUCCCCGAUUCUCUUCCUCCUCUAUACAGUGCCCAUCUACUCGACAGGGGAACCGAACUCGCGCUUCGGCUACGCAGAUGACGUGGCCACCCUGAUCCGGGGCCGGUCCCUACAGGAGACGGCCGCCCGGGCCACGCCGCGGACAGAAGUCAUCCACUUCACGAGACCGAGAUACAAAGGGGACCUGCCGUCGGUCUGGCACGGGUCCGUAGAAAGGAGCCACAGCAGGACCUGCGCUGGCUCGGCGUCUGUUCCGUCGCGGAUCACCUACCUGAAGAAUAGGAUCCAGCUGACCUUAAACGUCGCAAUGCGCGCUAUCGCGCCCGUCUGGUGUACCAUGCCGAUUGUGGCCCUCCACCGAGAGACCGGCAUCCCCCCUGCCACGCUGCUCCUCGCAGACGCCCAGAGACGCGCCGCGGUCCGUCUACGCUCCCUAGAUGAGCGGCACCCCUUGACCCCCCGUAUGAGCAUCCUCCCAACGCCUGGCCGGGAGCUAAUGAAGAGGCACGGUAUGCGGGCCCCUCGCGCGGCCCAGAAGCAGCACGCCUCGAGACUCCUGCGUCUUCACCAAAUGACGGCCCAUGCCCGAGGCCCCGACUUCUCCCCAGCACCCCUCAAUACCCUCAUCGUCUACACUGACGGCUCGCAGAGCGAAGACGGCGCCUGCGGGUAUGGGUACUCAGUGUGGCUAGGCCCCAGCGAAGUGACCUACGGCAGCGGUCGGGUCCUACUCGCUGAGGUCUACGACGCAGAGGUGGAAGGCGCCCUCGAGGGGCUUCGAGCGGCACUCACGUGGUCCCCCAGAACCCCGGACCAGCAGUGGCCGAUAGUCGUCUGCCUUGAUAACACUGCGGCUAUAAGAGCCAUACGAGGCAGCCCAUCGAUCUCGUCGCAAGCGGCUGCGGAGAAGUUCGCUGAGGCCGCGGCUCGACACGGAGAUGUCAGCACGCGUUGGUGCCCCGGCCAUACGGGGAUCGCCGGCAACGAGCGGGCCGACCAGCUAGCAAAGGAGGGCUGCCGGGCCGAGGGUCCGGACAGAUCGCCGACCUACGCGAACAUCAAGAGACAGGCCAAGGCUGCGGCCAGGCGCGACUUCCAGGACUGGCCCGGAUCGAAUGCUCUUGCGGGAGGAGAAAAUCACCGACACACCUUCUACUGCCGGAAGGCUAUCAACCAGGCACUAGGAAGGGAUUUGACCGGUUCCUCGGGCUAG